AUGUUUGCUCAAUUAAUUUUGUUCAGUUUUUUAUUUUCGCAUUGUUUAACUAUAAAAAAUAAGCCUUACAACAUAUGUGAAAAAAGAAAUUUAUGUCAAAAAAAAUUGGAAUUAUGUCAGCCAGUUGUUAUGCAUUGCCAUAAUGAGUCUUGUCGGUAUCGACUUUUUAAUUCGUACAAUACUCAACGUUCAUUGUAUUCACGUUGGCUUUAUGAUCCGAAUCAGCAAAGUUGCCGUCGAUAUCAUAGUCAAAUAGGAGAUUUUGUUCAUUUUCAAUUUUUACGCGACUGCCAACGUUUAUGUCCAAUAUCACGAAGGAGACAGAUUGAAAAAAUCAUUAGUCUUCAUGUAGCUGAUACUGAUUUUCAAUAUAGCGAUACUGUCUAUAUUCAUCUUUAUAUUGAUCUUUCUCCAAGUUGGGUUUAUCCGUUCACGACUACAAUGGCAACUAGCAUAAGUGAUGACCAAUUACAAACAGAUUAUUUGAGAAACUAUCGACGUCACUUUACAAAUUUUAUCGAUCGACCGCACCAGUUUAUACUUGAUCGCCAUGAACAUAUUAGAAACAGGAAUUAUUGGUCAUAG